ACUGCUGAAAUAGCCAAAGAUUCCUCAACAUUACCCGAACGGAAGUCAAGUGAAUCUGCCAAAGAUUCAUCAGCGGCUGCUGUAGCACCAAGCACGUCAACGGAUCAAACGAAUUUGCAAACAACACCCUCGAAAACGGCAAAUGAAGAACAUGGUCAAGAAUUAGAAGGCGAAGGUGCGAAGAAAAAGGUUGACGAUGAUGAUUUGAAGCAGGAAGAAGAAUCGUCUCCGAAAGCAACUGCCGAUGAAUCGAGCAAGGAAUCUGAACAGUCUCCAAAAGUAUUUCAUGGCCACAUGACUUCAAUUCAGAUCGCAUCUUCGUCCAAUGGUCAAGGCCAGCAUGUGAAUAUGAGUGCAUUCGUUGUAUCACAGCCUGGUGCGAGUGGUAGCACCGAACAGUUGCAAGUCUGUGAAAAUGAAGAUUUAGCCAAGAUUCAAGCAAUUAAAAACGAAAUUAUCAGUGAAACGGUUUGCGUUUAA